GUAGGCGGAAAACUUAGUGAGAGAAAGAGUUUUGUAAUAUGGCAUCAUUAUGUUUCUUUACUGCGAGAACCUGUCGAAGUCUUUUGCUGCAAGGCUUGCACGAACGUUGUACUUGUCUAGCAGUACGGAAUGCAAAGACUCAAGCUAUUUUUAGUCUCCCUGAAAAGCCUAAGCGACCUCCAAGUUCAUGGCUCUUGUUCCUCACGGAACGACUGAAAGAGUUGCGAGAUAGUCCAGACUAUCACGAUGUCUCGCUUAUGGAAAUGUCCAAGAGAAUCAGCGAGGAAUGGCGUAAUUUCGAUGAGCUUGAUAAAAUACCCUACAAAGAGAAGUACGAAGAGGCCUUAAACGAUUAUAGGCAAAAAAUGCAAGAAUAUAAAGUCAAUCUGAGUGCUGAAGACAAACGUUUAUUGAAAAGUAUUAAGUCAGAAAGUAAACAAGAUCUUCGUGCGUUUGAGAAAGAGAUUCCGAAACCAAAACAUCCAGGAAAUGGUUAUAUUUUGUUUGUAAAGUCUUGUGUUAACGAAUUCCCUCGUACUGAAGACGUUGAUAUGAAAGAUUGGAUCAGAGAGUGUGCUAAGAGAUGGCAGCAGUUGGAUGAAGGGAAAAAAACGAAAUUAAAUGAUGAAGCAUUUCAAUUAAGGCAACAAUAUCAACUGGAAAUGAAGGAUUGGAAAGCCAAGUUUGAGCAAUGGAGGAGAGAUGCUCACUAGUUAAUAAAAGGACAAAUUUUCAAACUUCCAGGUACAAUGUUGACUUUUCAAAAAAUGAUAUACACUCAUAGGCAGAAACCAUCUUGAAUUUGAAGACAAAGAUAAGUUUUUUGAUUUUGGUUAGGAGAGUUCAUUUUAUACUUUAUUUUUUUUUGUAUCAAGACUGUAAAGGAAAUAUAUAUUAGACAUGGAUUAA